UUCAGUAUUAAACUCCUAUCUUUAUUUCUGAGCCAGAAAAUAAACUCCGAUCUUUAUUUGAAUGGAAUGACCCAAACACAUUCCGAAUACAACUCUACCUUCUUAACUUAACCAAGCCAAUUUUUUUCUUGUUUGAUCGGAAAAAUCAGCACACAUGGCUCUCCAACACCAGCAAGAGCAACCCACUAUGCCAUCUUCUCCAAAACCACCAAUCCUUGAGGAUCAGGUUCUUCCCCUCACCACCACAACAACCACCAUCUCCUCCACCACCACCACACACAGAAAGAAGCUCACUCUCAUCCCUCUCAUCUUCCUCAUCUACUUUGAAGUUGCCGGUGGCCCUUAUGGAGAAGAGCCUGCAGUGCAAGCCGCUGGACCCCUUUUCGCCAUUCUAGGGUUCCUCAUCUUUCCUUUCAUCUGGAGUGUCCCUGAAGCUCUCAUCACUGCUGAGCUCUCCACAACCUUCCCCGGCAAUGGCGGUUUUGUCAUCUGGGCUGAGAGAGCUUUUGGUCCCUUCUGGGGCUCUUUGAUGGGUACCUGGAAGUUCCUUAGUGGUGUCAUCAACAUAGCUGCCUUCCCAGUUCUUUGCGUGGACUAUAUGGACAAGAUAAUACCGGCUUUUGGUUCGGGAUGGCCUCGGUACCUUGCCAUCUCUGUUUCAACUCUGUUUCUUUCGUUUAUAAACUAUACUGGUUUGACUAUUGUGGGUUAUGCUGCUGUGUUACUUGCUAUUGCUUCACUCUCUCCAUUUAUAUUGAUGUGUUUGAUUGCCAUUCCAAAGAUUCAUCCUCAUAGGUGGCUCAGUUUGGGCCAAAAGGGUGUGAAGAAAGAUUGGAACUUGUUCUUUAACACCCUCUUUUGGAACUUGAACUUUUGGGACAAUGUUAGUACUUUAGCCGGAGAAGUAGAGAACCCCCAGAAAACUUUUCCGGUGGCUCUUUUCGUUGCGGUGAUUUUCACUUGCUUGGCAUACUUGUUCCCACUUUUUGCUGUGAUUGGUUCAGUCUCUGUGGAUCAAACUAGGUGGGGAUCCGGAUUUCAUGCUGAGGCUGCUGAAAUAAUUGCUGGAAAAUGGUUGAAAUAUUGGAUUUUAGUUGGUGCAGCGUUAUCAGGAAUUGGUCUUUUCGAAGCCCAAUUAAGCAGCAGUGCUUACCAAGUUCUUGGCAUGGCAGAUUUAGGCUUCUUGCCUAAGUUUUUCGCGGUUCGGUCAAAAAGGUUUAAUACCCCAUGGGUCGGAAUUCUGAUUUCCACCAUGAUCACUCUUGCAGUCUCCUACAUGACCUUCACAGAUAUAAUAUCAUCUGCAAAUUUCUUGUAUAGUUUGGGCAUGCUAUUGGAAUUUGCAUCCUUUAUUUGGUUAAGAAGGAAGUUGCCGGCAUUGAAGAGGCCCUAUCGAGUUCCAAUGAAGCUGCCAGGUUUGGUGGUCAUGUGCUUGAUUCCAUCUGUGUUUUUGAUCUUUGUGAUGGCUAUUGCUACCAAGACUGUGUAUUUAAUUAGUGGUGUGAUGACUUUGGGUGGCAUUGGAUGGUAUUUUUUGAUGAAAUUUUGCAAGUCUAAGAAGUUGUUCAAGUUCAGUGUUAUUGAAAUUGAAGAAGGCCGACAAUGACAAAUUGUUUGGUUAGUUUGUGAAAUAUAUCUAGUGUCAUUGUAUUCGAAAAGCUGAAUCCAUUUUUUGGUGAAUUUUGCGUAGUGGUUCUUGGUGCUGUGCUGGUUUGAGAAUGCAUGGUUGAAUUUCUAAGUUGAGACUCGCUUGAUCAGCGCAGAAUUUGUUUGAGUACAGACAGUUCAAUGCUAAUGAAAUUUAAGAAGAAUGUUGAAUGACAUGAACAGAGGAUGGCUAACUAUCGAUGCCGCAGUUCACACACA